AUGACAGUGGGACUAGCAGAGCUUUCUAGAAGUUCUUCGGAUCCCACUUUCACGCCUGCCGAUUCCCUGCGAAUAAACGCGAGCACGGCGACCUCUUUGCCCAUGACAGCUAUGGACUGGAAGGAUGCUGAAGGGGCGGCAGAAGAUGUUCAAAAAGACGAAAGAGUUGCUUUGCUUGUAAAAUCAGAUACCAUAGCAACCAAUUAUAACAAUGCAACCAGUCUAACAGCAUCGGCAAAGACGAGAGUUCCCAUUAGUAUGCGUACGAAACAUAGAUGUACUAUUUGCUGCCGUAAGAAACGCGCUUCAAGCCGAUCACUAAAGAAUCAGCUAGGGCUAGCUGAAAUAACUAGUCAUAACAAACCUAUUGUGAGACAGGCUGGUUUCGUAUGGUUUAAUCGACGCUUUAUGAUUCCUUGUUUUGCUCGCGUGCUAAAACCUCGCGAGAUCGAAGAAGGCAAAGCUCAGAUUACACAAUGGCAACGUAGUUGGCUUAUGUCGGUAAGGAAACAACAAGGCUGUUGGCCCUCUAACUCCAUCAUCUUUCCUUCUCUUUCACCCUGCUCCUCAUCUAGUUCCAUCACUUCUGAACACUUAUCUUCUUCUCCCUACCGAAGCUCUUCUUUAAGCCCUGAACCCUCCGCCACUCCUGGCCAUGUCACCUCCACCAGGCAUUGUGAAGUCAGCCUGUUCCAACUUGACGAGCACGCCAUUUCAUGGCUGAAUGAUCCCAUUAUCCAAGGCUCUAGGUGCCAAAUUCUGGGUCCUGUUAUUCUUAAACUCGAAUUCAUUUAUAAUAUAUCUUCCUUUAUUUAUGUAGAAGUCAUGUGA